AACUCUUCACCACGGCCUCCACCGCCUCCCUCAGCACCUCCCGAUUACGCUCCUCGGCGGGAGCCGCUGCUGCGGCGGAUGCGGGGGCGGCUGCAGGCCCCGGCCCGGGGAGGCCGCGGAAGGUGCCGCCGGGAGAGGCCGGCUGGGCCCGGAGCGACUCCAUCGGAGAGAUCGGGGUCGGACGGGCUGAGGGUGGGCCCCGGGACCCGGGGCCGGAGGGUGCAGCUGUCAAUCACAUCCGCCCCGCCCCGCGGUGUCCCCCUGAUCACGGACCCCCAGACCCGGAACCUUAGUGCGGGGACCCGGCUACCGUCCGGGAUGAGGAUCACACCCCACCGACCACAACUUCCAUCACACGGGUGUUACCUCAUUAUCCUUCCCCCUUCCCACCAUGAGCGGACGGGGCCGCGCUCCCGCUACCCUCAGCUUCAAUGUGGAGGCGGUUGGAAUCGGGAAAGGGGAGACUCUGCCUCCACCCACCCUGCAGCCAGCUCCACUCUACCCGUCUCUAGAGUUGAAGGCAGUUCCACUGCAGACCGGAGAGGAGGCUGAAUACAUGCUGGCAUUAAAGCAGGAACUGCGGGGAGCCAUGAGGAGCCUGCCGUACUAUGUCAAACCCGCUGCGCCGAAGAAAGAUAUCGAGCGUUAUUCGGACAAAUACCAGUCCUCUGGGCCGACUGACAACACGAUUGAAUGGAAUCCUGAUUGGCGGCGGUUGCCACGGGAACUGAGGAUCCGAAUACGAAAGCCACUAAAAGACAAGACACCCAUCGCUGGCCGCAAAAUAAAACCGAGGACAAGCGUAGAGAAAGAAGAAAUCAUCAAAAAGCUGGAGAAUUUGGAAAAGAAGGAAGAAGCACACAGCUCUGAUGAGGAGGAUGAGCAAGAGAAAGAGGAAGAGGAAAAGGAAAAUGAAGAAGAGUAUGAUGAGGAGGAAUUUGAAGAGGAGACAGACUACGUCAUGUCGUACUUUGACAAUGGUGAGGAGUUCGGGGGUGACAGCGAUGACAAUAUGGAUGAGGCGAUCUACUGAGAGGGGGGUACAGUAGUGUCCGCAGGCACCGGGCACUGACACUGUGCCAGUCACUGGGCAGUGUGCGCCGUUUCCACUCGUCAGAAAUCUUCUGCAGGAGUCUGCACACUGUUUGGAUCCUUGGUUGCUCCAUGUGUACCGUGAGCUCCGAGACUGGCUCGGGACAUGCAGCAGGGAUUUGGACAGCGAAAUCCCACUGUGGUCGUUUGUGUCCAGACUAUGUUCGUUUGUGUCCAGUGCCUCUCAGUUCGACAGUGGUUUGGCUUCCUGGCGCGUUCCAGGCUUGGCGAAAUUUUUGCUCAGCGCAGGAGUUGUGCCCGAGUGAGUGAGAUGCAACCAAUGUAGGGACUGCUGUCUGUGGAUUUAGCCACAAGGUUUUACUCAUGGGCCUCCUAAUUCCCUUUCAUCUGUGCAAAUGCCCUCAGUUCGUCGGUCAGAUCCUGGAUUCCUUCAGUCUCUCAGUCUCCCUCGCAGUAUGACUGGAUGUUUCUUACACCUUGACCCUCCCUGUGCUGCCAACUCUACUCCUGAGGAGGACAAGUUCAGCAGAUACAUGCCUCCCCUCUGUCCACCCACCACCCUGUGACCCACACACACUAUCCCAGCUUGGGAAUGAUACCAGCCAGUAAUUCACUGGACAAAACCCUGGAACUCCCUCCCUAACAGCACUGUGUGGGGUGUCCUUAAUCUCAUGAGCAGACUGCAGCAGUUCAAGAUGGCGGCUCACCAAACAAACCCCCACCCCUUCCUUGAGGGGCGUUCACAACAAAUGCACAAUCUUUGGUGAUAAUCUCAAACGCCAAAGGCGCGUUGGCGCAGCGAGCUGGCUUCACCAGUGGAAGUUUAUGUAGUCAUCGGCUCAGGUCAGCCCUUUGCUGCCAGACCCUGAUGUCAAGGUGCGCCAUUCUCAUCGCUACCCCAUCAGAUGGAAAGCCGUUGGGCACAGGAGGGAGGACAGAGAGCCACGAGUCAGCGCCCGACGGCAAGGAAGGUCUGGACGCGCUCAGCAGUGCGUGAGCUUGCUCGGUGUGGGGGGGGGGUGCGGUUUCAUGGGCGCGGAACCAGUCACCCUGCUCCUGGUCACAGGCCACCAGCACCUGAGAGCUCGCUGCCUUCAUUCCUCCAGUGCUGAAGGCAACUAUCUGCUGAGUCCAUCAAAUGUUCCCCCUGCGUCAGCGAUUCACCAGCAACAUUGUCAGCCCGGCAGCUGCAGCCAGUAGUGGCGGGGAGA